AUCUCCUCGGCUCAGCACCGCCUCAGCAUCUACACGACAUUGUUUGCUUGCCUCCCAAUAUUCUUCUUGCUUUCCUGCUUCGAGGGUUGGCUCCUCGAAUUGUGAUGCGCCCCAAGCAGGGAGAGCCGCAUCAUCUCCUCCAGCGCUCGCCGCCUUGCCUUGUGCCGUGCCGCCGCCGGCAUCCUUGCAUGCGCGGCCACCGCGUGUUCCUGUCCAUCACCACCGCCGUGUGCCGUGACAGCGACUCCGCCUACAGCCCUGCGGGGAGCAACGCGGCGCUCUAUACUUCUCCAUCCGAAUCCCGGUCACAGAGGAUGCCCUUUCAGCUGUACUUCGUCCAGCCACGGCCGUCGCUGGCCGGUACCCAAACGCUGCCCGGUGCGCUCACACGCACUCGCCUCGCCUGCCGAGCUGUUGCCUGCCAGCCAGAGGCAACGUCGCUGAGGCGCUGAGCGCACCGAAAAGCGGCAGCCUGCCAGGAGGCAAUGGCGGCAGGAUCUAAGUAGGUAUUUGUUUUGUUUUGGAUCAUCGUUUAGUUUAUUUUUUCUUAAUUUAGUAAGUGAGAGUGAAUCGUAAUUUAUUUUUUUAAGUUUUAGUCAAUACAAUGACUUAAAAUUAUAAUGACAUCCCAAAUGUCAGGUUGGUUUUGGGUUGGGUUUUAACCCG